GUGUCUGAGGUCUUCCAGUUACCUAGUGAUUUCUGUGACCGUCCUCUCAAUUUCACCUCCAUUCCCCCCCUCGGCCCGGAUUGUGAGGUAGGAUCCGAACCGGCAAGAUGGCGGCCGCCAGUUACCUUCUGGAAUCUCAGGAGCAUUUCAAAAAUAACGGCCGCACGAAGGAGUUCUCGGCCCAUACAGCCAAGGUGCACUCGGUGGCUUGGAGCUGCGACGGUCGCAGGCUCGCGUCCGGCUCUUUCGACAAGACAGCCAGCGUGUUUGUGCUGGACAAAGACCGGCUGGUUAAGGAGAAUAACUAUCGUGGUCAUGGUGACAGUGUGGAUCAACUCUGUUGGCACCCCACCAAUGCAGAUCUCUUUGUAACUGCCUCUGGUGAUAAAACUGUUCGGAUCUGGGAUGUCCGAACUGCAAAGUGUGUUGCUACUGUGAACACGAAAGGUGAGAACAUUAACAUCUGUUGGAGCCCUGAUGGCCAAACAAUUGCUGUGGGAAAUAAAGAUGAUGUAGUGACUUUCAUUGAUGCAAAAUCACACCGAUCAAAGGCUGAAGAACAAUUUAAGUUUGAAGUGAAUGAGAUCUCCUGGAACAAUGAUAAUGAUAUGUUUUUUUUAACCAAUGGCAAUGGUUGCAUCAACUUACUCAGUUAUCCAGAGUUGAAACCGAUUCAAUCAAUCAAUGCACAUCCUUCAAAUUGCAUCUGCAUUAAGUUUGAUCCAACAGGCAAAUACUUUGCCACAGGGAGUGCAGAUGCUCUGGUUAGUCUUUGGAGUGUGGAUGAACUUGUCUGUGUAAGAUGCUUCUCCAGACUUGACUGGCCCGUGAGAACAUUGAGCUUCAGCCAUGAUGGAAAAAUGCUAGCAUCUGCUUCAGAGGAUCACUUCAUUGACAUCGCAGAAGUAGAAACUGGUGAGAAAUUAUGGGAAGUGCAGUGUGACUCACCUACUUUCACAGUAGCAUGGCAUCCAAAACGACCACUCUUAGCUUUUGCUUGUGAUGAUAAAGAUGGCAAGUAUGACAGCAGUCGGGAAGCUGGAACAGUUAAACUCUUUGGACUUCCUAAUGACUCCUGAUUUGAGACUGAAAGUGCAUUCAGCUGCAAUGUACAUUAACAGCAUGCUGAAUGGGACUUGUAAAGAUGACUUUUGUUAUUGAUCAAGAAAAUAUGGAUUCCAUUCUUUCAAUGAAACUUCGUAAGAAUUUUUUUUUAUGUUUGUACACUAAAUUUUGGAACUUCAACUGAUUAGCUGGUAUUCUGGUUUUCAAUUUGAAUUGCAAAUAUUUUGCUUAAAAAUACAUUUAGACAAAUUUUGUAUGAAUGUAACCUCUACAGGUUUUGCAUACAAUCAAUAAAAAUAGGGUUGAAAUUUGGGAUUAGUUAUUCAGUAUUUAUUUUAUUUGGAAUGAUACUUGCAAAUGUGUAAUAUGUGUCUUUAAUAUGUGAUUGAUUUAUAAGUUCCUUAUUUAAUUGUCAACUCAUUUUCAUAUUUAAACAAUUUCACAAAAAUGUAUAUAUAGGCAAGGAUCCACCUAACUUAUUAGUUUUUACAACAGUGGGUUCCAACCAGAAUAUGGAACUGUUUCUCAACUUGCUACAAAGUUUUACAUUUUGUUACAUAGGAGACCAUUCUAUGUAUUGGUCACUGCGGGAGGAACUAUUUCUGACAUCAGUCCUGUACUUAACUAAAAAAGAGUUGAUACCUACAGCCUCUUGUCUCACUGUAGUUGUUUAACUUAAAUUUGAUGCAAAUACCUUGAUUAAUUUUAUAAAACAAAUUCCCUUCACUAAUGAGUCUUUCUAUUUGAAUCUGUCUCUCCCAGUUUAUUUUUGGCUUUUUAAUUCUGUGUAUAUUUAAGCUUCUAUUGUAGGGGAUAGGAAAAUAAAAUUUAAAUUAAGAAUUGGCACUAACUUUAGAAGUGAGCAAGGUUUUAUGAGAAACAAAAGAAUUCGCUAACAAUGUCAAGACCAGCAGCAUAGUGAGUAAAAGCUACAGAUCUGAUCAUUUUGGAUUGUUUAAAAUGUCUUAGAAUAUAGGCUUAAGAACCCUAGAGUUUUUGAAAGAUUACCUCAAAAAUACAGUUUCAAACAUGACUCCUCAUUAAAGGUAAAUGUUUUUGCUUCCUUAUCAUCAUUUUAUCUUAGUUCAUGUCCACAAAUCUUCUGAAGUAACCAUAUUGUACAGGAAUUUUCAAAACGUUUUGACACAUUUAAAAUGAAAUGGUUUGAAUCACAAGUUUUCCUCAAAUCUCUUAACAAAUAUAACUUCUGUUAAAUAUUCAGUGGAGUUGAGCACUACAAAUGCCAACAAAAUGCCUUGAUUUGACUUUUUAUGAAACUGUGACAUUGAUAGUGUAGGGAUGCCAUGCCCAGGUGUGUCACCUAUAAAAGAAAUGUCAGAUUUUUACCUUAUCUUUGAAAAUGCAAAAGCCUGUUUUGCAAUCAUUUGAAGUUGAAUCACAACUGUGUUCAAACAUCCUGAUGUGUGCACAUUUUACAUUGCAAAAAUAUUUACGGUGUUAAGAAAGUGUUGAAAUUUAUAAUGCUUGCUUAUGGUGUCUGAUUUCUGCAUUGUGUAGAAGGAACUGUACCAUACUGUCACUCGGAUUAUUGAUAUCCUGGAAAUUCUGACAGUUGUUACCAUUAAAUAAACUUCUUAUCUUUGUACAUGCCCUAUAUAUAAAAGUGGAGAGUUUGUUAGCCUAUUAGCUUUGUCAAAUUUUGAAAAUUUAAUUGCAUUACAUAGCAGUAACUAAAGUCAAAACUUAUGAACAAGUUUCAAAAUUAUAUGCUACAUUCAACCUGAUGCAGUGAAUUACAUGAAAUUCAAAAGUUAAGAGCAAAAUGACAAUUUCCUUUGCAAGUCAUGUGUCAGUGCAGUGUGCUGGCUGAAGGGAAUAUUACUGUAUUUUAAAAAAUCCACUAAUCUGUGUAAAAGGGAAGAAAGUAAUCUAGAUUUUAAUAGAACUUCAUUGGAUUUUUAGUUUGACCUUUCUAGCAGACAUGCUACAUCUGGAUAAAUUAGAUAUGCAACUUUGAGAAACAAUUUCAUACUACAAACCUAGUCAAUAAACAUAUUGGGAUUUGUACCAUUGCAUGCAUUUCAAGACCAGCCUUUUUGGCAACUUUGGCCCAUGCCAUUUGUUGAAUAAAAGCUUGAUGCUGAAAUUAAAGCUAUCCUAAUCAGA